CAUUCUGUAAAAAAAAAAACACACACUCUCUUCUCUCUCUCUCGCUCUCGCUCGUCUCCUCUUCAUCGGAGACCAUGACGGACGGCCACUCCUUCAAUAACAUCUCUCUCAGCGGCCGCGGCGGAACGAACCCUGGACUUCUUAAGAUAAACUCUGGAGGUAUUCAAUGGAAGAAGCAAGGUGGUGGGAAAGCUGUGGAAGUUGAUAAAUCUGAUGUUGUUGGUGUUAGUUGGAUGAAAGUUCCAAAGAAUAAUAAUCAAUUGGGAGUCAAAACCAAAGAUGGGUUAGACUAUAAGUUCAUUGGGUUUCGAGAUCAGGAUGUUGCAAGUCUGACCAGCUUUUUCCAGAGUAGUUAUGGUAAAACACCACAAGAGAAACAGUUGUCUAUUAGUGGUCGAAAUUGGGGAGAGGUUGAUUUGAAUGGGAAUACAUUAACCUUUUCGGUUGGUUCGAAGCAAGCUUUUGAAGUAUCCUUAGCUGAUGUUUCGCAGACUCAGCUUCAAGGAAAAAAUGAUGUCAUAUUGGAGUUCCAUGUUGAUGAUACCGCUGGUGCUAAUGAGAAAGACUCGUUGAUGGAGAUAGGUUUUCAUAUUCCUAACUCCAACACCCAGUUUGUUGGUGAUGAAAACCGUCCGCCUGCUCAAGUUUUUAAUGACGAAAUCAAGUUAAUGGCUGAUGUUGUUGCUGGAGCUGAGGAGGCAGUUGUCACAUUCGAGAGUAUUGCAAUCCUCACACCCAGGGGUCGGUACAGUGUGGAACUUCACCUUUCUUUCUUACGUCUGCUAGGACAAGCUAAUGACUUUAAAAUCCAAUACAGUAGUGUUGUCCGAUUGUUCUUGCUUCCUAAGUCAAAUCAACCACACACCUUUGUUGUUAUCUCUCUAGACCCACCAAUCCGGAAAGGUCAGACAAUGUACCCCCACAUUGUGAUGCAGUUUGAGACUGACACCGUCGUCGAAAGUGAACUGUCAAUUAGUGAUGAUCUUAUGAAUACAAAGUUCAAGGACAAGCUGGAGCGAUCAUAUAAGGGUCUCAUUCAUGAAGUAUUCACCACCGUGUUGCGUUGGUUGUCUGGUGCAAAGAUCACUAAACCAGGGAAGUUCCGCAGUGCCCAAGAUGGGUUUGCAGUGAAAUCAUCUCUGAAGGCAGAAGAUGGUGUUCUUUAUCCACUUGAGAAGGGCUUUUUCUUUUUACCUAAACCUCCAACGCUUAUACUUCAUGAUGAGAUUGACUAUGUAGAGUUUGAAAGGCAUGCUGCUGGUGGUGCUAACAUGCAUUACUUCGAUCUUCUCAUAAAACUGAAAACUGAUCAUGAACAUCUGUUCCGAAACAUUCAAAGGAAUGAGUAUCACAAUCUCUAUUCCUUCAUAAGCUCCAAAGGUUUGAAGAUUAUGAACCUUGGAGGUGCGGGAAGUGCAGACGGUGUUGCUGCUGUUCUUGGGGAUAAUGAUGAUGAUGAUGCUGUUGACCCUCAUCUUGAGCGUAUCAGGAACCAAGCUGCUGAUGAGAGUGAUGAGGAGGACGAAGACUUUGUUAUGGGUGAGGAUGAUGACGGUGGUUCACCAACUGAUGAUUCUGGCGAGGACGACUCUGAUGCUAGUGAAGGCGGUGGAGGAGAGAAAGAGAAAUCUAUCAAGAAGGAACCCAAGAGAGAAGCUCCAUCAUCUUCUAAAGGAUUGCCUCCUAAGAAGAAAGUGUUAGCCACAGAAGAAGGCAGUAGUAAGAAGAAGAAGCAAAAAAAGAAGAAAGAUCCCAACGCACCAAAAAGAGCAAUGUCUGGUUUCAUGUUCUUCUCUCAAAUGGAAAGAGACAACAUAAAGAAGGAACACCCAGGAAUAGCAUUUGGAGAGGUAGGGAAGGUUCUUGGAGAUAAGUGGCGUCAAAUGUCAGCCGAGGAAAAAGAGCCGUAUGAAGCCAAAGCGCAAGUCGACAAGCAGCGAUACAAGGAUGAGAUAAGUGAUUACAAGAACCCUCCACCGAUGAACGUGGACUCAGGAAACGAGUCUGACAGUCACUAAACUUGGAUACCCCAAGAUUCUCUAGUAGUUAGUAUCUUAGAUUUUAUGCGGCAUCUCCUCAAAUGUAGCGAAUUACGACAAGGAUACUUCGGGGUACUUAUCAUUAGCUGCUUUGAGUUAACUAGAAUACUUCUGAUUACAAUGA